GUUUAUUUGUUUAUUAUUAUUGUUACAUAUUUAAUAAUUUUUUAAAAAAUUUGGGUUGAAUAUUUAACAUAAAUUUGGAUUAAAACUUUGUCGGGUAAAAAAUCUCAUAUUAACAAUCACAAAUAAAUUGAUUCACCGUUGACUCAACUUAGACUUCUCUGACCAACCAGCCAAAAAAAAAAGAAAAGAAAAAAACACACACACCAAAAAAUGAUGAUGAUGAAGAAGAAAACAUUGCUGCCAAAACCAGACCUAAAAAUUUAAUUUUACUUAAAUAAAAGUUCAUAAAAUAAUUUGUAAAAGAUGGAGGGAGUAGCAGAAGGAUUGUGGGAAUUAGCAGAAAUGUUUGAAAGGAAAGGAGAAAUAGGGAAAUCAAUCAAGUGUUUGGAAGGAAUAUGUCAAAGCAAUGUUAGUUUUCUCCCAGUUGUUGAAGUCAAAACGAGGCUCAGAAUUGCUACUUUGCUUCUUAAACAUUCUAAUAAUGUUAAUCAUGCUAAAUCUCACCUUGAACGCUCUCAACUACUCUUGAAGUCAAUCCCCUCGUGCUUUGAGUUAAAGUGCAGAGCUUAUAGCUUACUGAGUCAAUGUUACCAUCUUAUUGGAGCUGUCUCUUCUCAAAAGCAGCUAUUAAACAAGGGAUUGGAACUUACUGCAACAUUUGGGGAAGGGUUUUCUGGGAAAUUAUGGUCAUGCAACUUCAAUUCCCAACUUGCUAAUGCUCUCAUCAUAGAGGGAGAUUAUCAGGGUUCAGUAUCUGCUUUGGAACAGGGUUAUGUUUUUGCAAGUGAGAUGUACUAUCCAGAAUUACAGAUGUUUUUUGCAACUUCAGUACUGCAUGUACACCUCAUGCAAUGGGAGGACGGAAGCUUAGUUGAAGGUGCUGUAAGUAGAUGCAAUGAUGUUUGGGAGUCUAUUGAUCCAGACAGAAAAGACCAAUGCCUUGGUUUAUUCUUCUACAACGAGUUGCUCCACAUAUUUUAUCUUCUCCGUAUAUGUGACUACAAGAAUGCUGGUCAACACGUUGAUAAAUUGGACGAAGCUAUGAAGACUGACUUAGAAAAGAUUCAACAGGCGCGGGAGCUCACAAAGGAACUCAAUAUAGUCAAUGAAGGUCUCUCACAAGCUGAUCUACCCUACAGAGAUAGGGCUACUCUCAGCUCUAGACGAAUUCAACUUGAAGGAGAAAUCAGUAAUUUUAUUGGCCCAAACUCUAUUGGUCAAGAAGUGCUAGAACCUGCGUACUUUGGUAAUGUGAAACGAGAGUUAGGUGACAAGCUUGAGUUAGCACCUCCUCCCAUUGAUGGAGAGUGGCUACCCAAAAGUGCUAUAUAUUCACUAGUUGAUCUUAUGGUUGUUAUUUUUGGUCGCCCAAAGGGACUUUUCAAGGAGUGUGGAAAGAGAAUUCAGUGUGGACUAAAUACUAUUCAAGCGGAGCUGGUGAAAUAUGGAAUUACUGAUGGUACCACAGAGGUGGAUUUGCAACACUCUGCAAUUUGGAUGGCUGGCGUGUACUUGAUGAUAUUAAUGCAGUUUCUUGAGAAUAAAGUAGCCAUGGAACUAACUCGUGCUGAUUUUGUUGAAGCACAAGAGAUAUUAUUGGAGAUGAGGGGUUGGUUUAACCGUUUCCCCACAAUUUUACAAGCUUGUGAAAGCAUUAUUGAGAUGCUUAGAGGGCAAUAUGCCCAUUGUGUCGCUUGUUAUGAUGAAGCUGCUUUUCAUUUUGUUGAGGCAGCAAAGCUGACUGAGAGCAAAUCUGCACAAGCCAUCUGUCACGUUUAUGCAGCUGUGUCUUACAUAUGCAUUGGUGAUCCAGAUUCCUAUGCAAAGGCUUUGGAGUUGGUUGGACCAAUUUAUAGAAUAAUCGAUUCUUUUGUUGGAGUUCGAGAAAAAACUACUGCUCUUUUUGCAUAUGGAUUUAUUUUAAUGAGGCAGGAGAAUCUACAAGAAGCACGGGUUCGAUUGGCAAGUGGGUUGCAGACAACUCAUACAACUCUUGGCAAUCUUCAACUAGUGUCGCAGUAUCUAACGGUGCUUGGCAAUCUGGCACUAGCUCUUCAUGAUACGAGUCAAGCCCGAGAAAUUUUGAGGUCUUCCCUUACGUUAGCAAAGAAGCUUUAUGAUAUUCCCACUCAGAUUUGGGUCUUAUCAAACCUGACUGCAUUAUAUGAGCAAGUAGGUGAAAAGGAGAAUGAAAUGAAUAAUCGUGAUUAUGAAAAGAAAAAGGCAGAUGAGCUGCAAAAAAGACUCACUAAGGCACAUGCAUCCCGUCAUCACCGUGAACUUAUUGAGAAGACAAAAUUCCAAGUUCAAAGAAUAAAUGAAAUUGAUAUCAAGCGAGCAUUUGCUGGGCCAUCCGUGAGAGUGGAUCUCGACAUACCUGAAUCCGUUGGAUUGUCAUCAUCCGCUUCCAGACCUUCAUCAAGGCUCAUGGAUGUAGAUCUCAAACGUGGGACCCGCAAACGAUAGUUUCAUUUAACUUGUGUAUUCUCUAUUUUGUUGUAGAACCGUGUUAAUCGUAACUGAUAGAUAGCAGAUCCAUGUUCACGUAACAUCUAGUUCAUGUAGAUGUAGUUAAUUAUUUAGGGUUUAGAGUGUAUGCUAUUUGUAUAUGUUAUCGUAGGAACCUGAUGUAAUUGUACAAUUGUGAUCGAUGUAAAUGCAUGAAGAUUGAAUCA